GAAUGCCUCUUUACUGGUAAGACCAGCCCUCAGGAAUCCCAGGCCCUGGAGAUCAGGGAGAAAGUCUGGAGAAAGGAAGGCUUUCCCUUGGUCGAGGAGGAUUGGGUUAGGGAUCGCUUCAGCAAACUGGACACACACAAGUCCAUGGGCCCUGAUGGGAUGCACCCACAAGUGCUGAGGGAGCUGGCUGAUGUCAUUGCUAGGCCACCCUCAGUCAUCUUUGAAAGGACAUGGAGAACAGGAGAGGUGCCUGAAGACUGGAAGAAAGCCAAUGUCACUCCAGUCUUCAAAAAGGGCAAGAAGGAGGACCCGGGGAACUACAAGCCAGUCAGCCUCACCUCAACCCCUGGAAAGGUGAUGGAACAGCUCAUCCUGGAUGCCAUCUCUAAGCAUGUGGAGGACAAGAAGUUGAUCAGGAGUAGUCAGCAUGGAUUCACCAAGGGGAAAUCAUGCUUAACCAACCUGAUAGCCUUCUAUGAUGGGAUGACUGGCUGGGUAGAUGAGGGGAGAGCAGUGGAUGUUGUCUACCUUGACUUCAGGAAGGCUUUCGACACUGUCUCCCAUAACAUUCUCAUAGGUGUCAGCUGUGAUGCAUGUUUAAAAGGAAAUUUUCGAGGUCGCAGAUACAAGUGUUUAAUUUGCUACGAUUACGAUUUGUGUGCAACUUGUUAUGAAAGUGGUGCAACAACAACAAGGCAUACAACUGACCAUCCAAUGCAGUGCAUACUAACAAGAGUAGAUUUUGAUUUGUACUAUGGUGGAGAAGCUUUCUCUGUAGAGCAGCCACAGUCUUUUACUUGUCCUUAUUGUGGAAAGAUGGGUUAUACGGAAACAUCUCUUCAAGAACACGUUACUUCUGAACAUGCAGAAACAUCAACAGAAGUGAUUUGUCCAAUAUGUGCAGCAUUACCUGGAGGGGAUCCUAAUCAUGUCACAGAUGACUUUGCAGCUCAUCUUACACUGGAACACAGAGCUCCCAGAGAUUUAGAUGAAUCUAGCGGUGUUCGGCACGUACGUAGAAUGUUCCACCCAGGCCGGGGUUUGGGAGGCCCCCGCGCACGUAGAUCAAACAUGCACUUUACUAGCAGUUCCACUGGCGGGCUUUCAUCUUCUCAGAGUUCAUAUUCUCCAAGCAAUAGAGAAGCCAUGGAUCCUAUAGCUGAGCUUUUAUCUCAGUUAUCAGGCGUGAGGCGUUCUGCAGGGCAGCUCAAUUCCUCUGGCCCUUCUGCUUCUCAGUUACAGCAGCUGCAGAUGCAACUGCAGUUGGAGCGACAGCAUGCACAGGCAGCAAGACAACAACUGGAGACUGCACGCAAUGCAACUAGACGCACUAACACAAGCAGCAUCACCACCACUAUUACGCAAUCUAUAGCAGCAACCAACACAUCUAACACAGAAAACGGUCAGCAGACUAUUCAGAAUUCCCAGUUUCUUCUUGCAAGGUUGAAUGAUCCUAAGAUGUCAGAAGCAGAGCGUCAGUCAAUGGAAAGUGAACGGGCAGACCGCAGCUUGUUUGUUCAAGAGCUUCUACUGUCCACUUUGAUGCGGGAAGAAAGCUCUUCCUCAGAUGAGGAUGAGCGGGGGGAGAUUGCUGAUUUUGGUGCUAUGGGCUGUGUAGAUAUUAUGCCUCUAGAUGUUGCUUUAGAAAACCUAAAUUUAAAAGAGAGUAAUAAAGGAAAUGAGCCUCCUCCACCUCCUCUUUGAUGGCAUCCCACUUUGCAGACAAUGUCCUCUGUGCUGUAUUUGCCAAUGAAAGUGGACAACAACUAUCUUGGGUUUGUUUUGGUGAUUGUAAUUUCAGGUCUGUUACUCUUGUUACAUUGUGUACAUUCAAAAGGAAGAGAGAAAAGAUAUAUAUGAUAAUCAUUUCCACUUAACUAAUUUUUACUUCUAGCAGGUAAAUAUAGGUUGCAGGGCGGAGAAAAAAGCUCUGUAUCCUGUAGCUUGACAUGCAAAAGGCUCUCCUAAUACUCCACAUUCAAACUGAGGAGAAAAAAAUGAAAAAUCUCUAAUGAAGCUGCUGUGUGUAUUUAUGAAUAUUAAUGAAUAAAAAUUGCUUGGAUGGUUUACCUUAA